UUCGCAGAAUUUAAAGCAAUUAUCUCAUGUCGCAAUCCCUGGUUUCCGACAUGAUGUCGUGUCAAAUUUGGGACUUAUUUCUUAUAGAGCAACAGCUAUUAUAUUUGAUGAAGAGAAAGAUCCGCCUAUGCGUCAAAUAGACAUUGCCCGUUUAUUAGGACAUGCAGUGGCAUAUCAGUGCCUUAGUAAUUGUAUCGGUCCGUCGCGUCGUCCUGGUCUUACAUAUGGUUGAACCAGGGUAUCUCAACGUUACUCGCAAUGGACGCUAUCAAUCAGGUUUACCUAAAUUGCCAUAUAAAAGAUUUGUUUGUCGUUCAAACUCUACAAGAAGCUCUUCGUCUCGAUACUGAUUCCAUUAUGAAGCCUCUUAUAUCAGAAAUAAACGGUCCUUCUGACAAUGAUUCAGGUUUCUAUUUUGCUUAUUAUGUCAAAGUCCUUCUUAUUCUGAAAAGACAAAUAUUGAAGUUUUCUGGACUGCUGUGCAAGCUGCUCACGAAGAGCAUAAAGUACGACGUAGAACACUUCAAUGUAAAAGUCAGAAUGGAAGCUUGGACGACGAGGAAGCACUAUCUUGUGAUAAACGUAACGCAAAACGAGACUGUCAUCACAGUAAAAACAGAAAGUACAAACACAAGUGAAAAGGAAUGGUAGAUACCUUAUAUCUCAACCACAAAGAAGGAUCCUGGUUUUGCUUUAUUCAAAUCAAUACAGUAUGUUUCGACAAAUGGAGAUCCCCUUACAUAUGAGGAUACAGAUUGGAUUAUAGUUAAUUUUAAACAAAUAGGAUAUAUUAUCGCGUCAAUUACGAUGUCCCGAGUCUGGAAAAAAUCUCGAACUAUUUAAACUUUGACCCAUAUAUCAGAGUACAUAUUCUCAACCGUGCUCAAAUCAUGGAUGAUGCAUUUCACUUUUUGAUCAAAGGCCAACUCGAUUUGUCCGUAUUCCUGAAACUCACGAAAUACUUAUCGAUGGAGAGAAAUUAUAUAGCAUGGUAUCCGAUGUUCAAGGCUUUUGAAUAUUUGUCGUCUUUCUUCCCAUUUGAAGAGAGUUUUUAUAUCAAGGUAGUUAAUAAUAAAUUUUGUCUGUUAUGCAUGUUAAAUA